AUGGGACGCCGCAGUACGAAGCCAACUAUCAGGAUCCUGAUGCUUGGGGCAGCAGGAGUGGGCAAGAACUGCCUAGAAUCCAGAUUUACCACCCUCAACUAUCCGCCUAUGUACGACCCAGCCUUAACCCUCAACAGCAGACGCUUCCUCACCCUCUCCCCGGACCCCAUCGACGAACCACGCAGUCCAUCAUCCCCGCUCGGCAGCACAGGCACCCCAACCCCUCCUCACGAUUCUCCAGAAACAGGCCGUUUCGACAAAACCUCCUCCCUUCGGUCCCCUCGCACCCCCUCAACCAGCUCCUCUAGCCACCCGGGCCGCUUCCAGUCCAGCUGCGGAGCCCUUGAGCGCGACCAGUACAGCGUCGACACGCCCAUCUCGCAGGACUCGUGCUGGGCGACGUCCCCGACCGAGUCUCAGCAUGGCAGUACCCGGCGUAGCGAGACGUAUCUGGUCGAGCUGAUCAACGAUCCUGGACUGCGAGUUCCGCAGCUCAGGGCGCAGGUGAUUGCCAAGGGAGAGUAUGAUGCCGUGAUGUUGAUUUAUGAUGUUGGUAAUCGCGAGUCGUUUGAUGCGAUUCCUGGGUUGCAUUCUGAGAUUGCGACAAAUCGGAGUCGGCAGAAGAGGAGACAGUCUGGGAUUGUUCAGCGGUCGAGGAGUAGUUUGUUUGGGGUUGCUAGCUUGGCUGCGGCUGCGCAUGAUGACGGCGUUAAGGAGGAGGAGGUCGUCAUCGCGGUUGUGGGAAACAAAAGUGAUGUUGAUUUGGAAGUCAACGGGAGUAUGGAGAACGGCGUCGCACACAAGAAGGUCGACUCUUCGGAAACUGGCGAUCAAAACGAAGACGACGAUGACAACUGCUUCCCCCCUCUAAGCCCGACCUCGACAAAAUGCGAGUCCCGGGCAAUGAUGCAUCGCACUCGCUCCGUUCUCUCCGACACCUCUUCCUACUCCCGUACCGACCAGCCGCCACGAACAUCUUCGUGGCGUGCUGCCGAGGGCAAGAAAGCAGCGCGUCCCGCUCUCCGAGUCAAAACCACCGCCGAACAGUCCAGCCACAAAUGUCAUACCCACCACGAAGUUCUCGAAAGCUGGCUCAGUUCCGACGCCGCCGAAGCGACCGCCGAUCUUGAGCCAAAUUUACAUUACGAAGCCGGGCCAUCAGCAACAAAAGAGGAAUCGCAACAUGCCAAUAGCAAGCGACAGGUCACCAGCAAAGAAGGAGAGGCCUUAGCCCAGGCCUUGCAAGCUCAUGUUCCCUUCUUCGAGGCCAGUGCCAAGACGGGGAUGAAUGUGGAGGAAGCAUUCGAGGCGAUUGUACGGAAGGUGAUCGAACAGAAGCGUCGGCGUAAUACGAACAAGGCAAAUGAUGACCAGGGGAUCAAGGGAAAGAGGAAGAGCCUCAUGCAUCUGCAUCAACCACAUCAGGAGCAUACAAAAGCAGCAGAGGAGAAGGAACCUGAAGCGGGGGUAAGGCAAGGGAAGAAGGAUGCGGCGCAGGAGAAUAAUCCGGGACAGGAGGAGUCCGAGAUUAGGAGUGUCAGUCUUCCUCCAGCAGUAUACCGGGGAGACGACAAGGACAACAACAGGGUAGCAGUUCAACAAAUAGAGGCGGCCGUACCAGAGACGUCCGCACUAAGCAAACCAAGACAGCAGACACAACCGUCACAGAGGCCGAAGGGAGUAUUCGGGAGGUUCAAGAGGGUGUUCAACAGACGGUCGAUAGCGAUGAUCGGUAAUGUUGUUGCUUAA